AUCACAGUGGUAGGCCAACACCCACGCACGCACUGGGCCAUUGUCCCUUCUCUGCAAUUGUUGGCCCCUCCUCCAGUCACCAUUACAAAGAGUGCCUGCCAUGAAUACACCUUUCCACCACCAUUAUAGUGAUAUGGAAUCACUAUAACCAGUACCAUAUGCUUUCUUAGACAUCCAUGGUGAAGAUGGCAUUUAUGUAAAUAAUGGUUUCUAACAGGUUCGGUUCUGUUAAGUGCGAACCAUUCAGAUUUCUGUUUCUUCCAGGAAUUUGAGGAACCAUUAAAACUCGACUGAAAUUUGUGGUGGUCAGUCCUACUCCGAAUUCUUGCGAGGAUAGGGCUUGUCUCUCUCAUGACGAUGCUUUAUUUUAAGUUUUGAGUUAUUCAUAUGAAGCAUGGGACAUCCAAUGCAAAGCUGAAUCCUGGACUUUGAGUCAUUGUUGAAGCUUUCUAUUUGCAAAAGAUAGAUUAGGAGAACCAAAGUAGAAGGAAAAUGCCACAGAUAAUGGAUUUGGAAGCAGAAGGAGAUCAUCUCGAUAACUUCAGUUCUCUCCGAAUCAAAGGGGAAGAAGAAGAGGAAGAAAACGAUCAAGAGCAAGAACUAGAUGAUGACGAUGAGGAAGAUGAAGAUGAAGACGAAGAUGAAGAAGAGAAAGAGCCUGUAACUUUAGGUUUCGUUGAGAAGCCUAAAGGUCCUCAUUCCCUUCUCCGUCAACUAUUUCCAAGCAAGGCUGGAGGAGUGCCUUCUUGGUUAGACCCACUUGAUCUGCCAUCAGAGAAAUCUCGUGUAUGCGGCAUCUGUGGAGACCCUCUACAGUUUGUCCUUCAGGUAUAUGCUCCAAUAGCUGAGAAGGAAUCGACAUUCCAUCGGACUUUAUUCGUGUUCAUGUGCCCAUCAAUGGCAUGCCUUCUCCAAGACCAACAUGAGCAAUGGAAGCGGGCACCAGACAAACCAGCACGAAGUGUGAAGGUUUUCCGUUGCCAGUUGUAUCACUCAAAUCCUUUUUAUUCAAGUGAACCUCCAAGACGUGAUGGGACUGACAAACCAUCUACAGUUGGAGCUGCACUCUGUUGCUGGUGCGGUACAUGGAGGGGAGAUAAAGUCUGUAGCAGUUGCAAGAGUGCACGUUAUUGCUCAGAGAAACAUCAGAUGAUGCAUUGGCGCUCAGGACAUAAAGUUGACUGUCAACGAAUCUGCAUCUCUUCUCCCUCCUCUAACUCUAGCACUUGUGGCAGCAGAACUUCAUUGGAAGAGAUAGACAAAGCAGUUGCCAACAAAGCUCUAUGGACUGAAUUUGAAAUCAUAAGCGAGGAUGAAGACACAUUUAAUACAGAGGCAUCUGAAGGCAAUGACUACUCGAAUCCAGUGGUUUCCAAAGUUCAGCUGGAUGAAACAAUGAAGUCACUGUUGGAUACUUUUGAGGGAAAUGAUGACCAGAAAUGCUGGGCUUCUUUCCAGGAGCGUAUCACUAAAGCUCCCGAGCAAGUAAUGAGGUAUUGUAGGGAUGCAAAUGCCAAACCAUUGUGGCCAAUGUCAAGUGGCCGUCCAUCGAAGGCAGAUAUUCCUAAAUGCAACUACUGCAAUGGCCCUCAACAUUUUGAAUUCCAGAUCUUGCCCCAGCUGCUGUACUAUUUUGGAGUGAAGAAUGAUCCAGACUCUCUUGAUUGGGCAACCAUUGUUAUUUACAGCUGUACAGCAUCUUGUGAAUCAAGGAUGGGGUACAAAGAGGAAUUUGCAUGGGUUCAGCUAUAUUCUCCUGCUGCUGGGAAUACCCUGAUGGAUUCGCACCUUGUCUGAAAGGGGUUCAUGCCAUUUUCUGUUGGUGCUAAGCAUGCUGAUGUUGGUAAUUUUUUUCGUCUUUAUUGUAAUGGUUGUACAUUUACUAUCAAAUCUGGCGGAGUUCGUGAUCCGGCUGUUUGCCCAACCAAGCUAUCCAAACUUCAAAGCAUAAAAUUCGGAACAAACCAGAAAAAACAGAGCACCCUCUUCUUUGGUUUGGUCCCCACUAAAGACUGCUCUCUUGGUUUGCCUUCCGAUCCAGUUUUGAGUAACUAUGAUUUUGUUUAAGAACGGCUUGAACUAGUCCCGGUUAUGUUUUACCAUCAAUGGUUUCUGUUGUUUGUGUAUGGAAAAUUAUGAUAUUAGUUAAAAAUGGGUUUUGGUUUACCAAAUUA